AUGGCUCGGAGAAUGAGCAUCAACGAGCUGGAGGACCAGCUCCUCUGUCCCAUCUGCUUGGAGGUCUUCAAGGAGCCCCUGAUGCUGCAGUGUGGGCAUUCCUACUGCAAGUCCUGCGUAGUGUCACUCUCUGGAGAGCUGGAUGGGCAGUUCCUAUGCCCUGUGUGCCGCCAAACCGUGGACUGCAGCGCCUCGCCACCCAAUGUCACACUGGCCCGUGUCAUUGAGGCGCUGCAGAGCUGGGGUGAGGCAGAGCCCACCCCGGAGUCCUGCCCGACGCAUCAAAACCCCCUCAGCCUCUUCUGCGAAGCUGACCAAGAGGUGAUCUGUGGGCUGUGCGGCACCAUUGGCGACCACCGCCAGCACCGGAUCACCCCCAUCUCUACCGCAUACUGCCGGAUGAAGGAGGAGCUGUCUGUGCUGCUGACCGACAUCCACCAGUACAAGAAAAACCUGGAUGAACACUUCAGCAAGCUCAUCAACAACAAAAGCCGCAUUGCAAAUGAGGCAGAUGUCUUCAAGUGGGUGAUCCGGAAGGAGUUCCAGGAGCUGCACAGGUACAUCGAUGAGGAGAAGGCCACCUUCUUGGAGAGCAUUGAGGGGAAGGCAGCCCAGCUCAUCACCUCCAUUGAGUUCCAGGUCAAGCAGACAUCAGACGCUCUGCAGAGGCUUAAGGAGAUGCAGAGCUCUCUGGAGGCCCUUGGCAACGAAAGCCAGCUUGAUUUUAUCCGGAAAUAUGGCUCCUCCCAGUUCAGGACAGAGCUUCUCAACCUGCACCCAGGCGAUGGCCUCUUUAGCCCCGUGUCCUUCAAACCAUGUUUCCACCAAGAUGACAUCAAGAUGACUGUGUGGAAGCGCCUGCACCGCCGUGUCCUGCCAGCUCCAGAGAUGCUGAAGCUGGACCCAGUGACAGCGCAUCCUCUCCUGGAGCUCUUCAAGGGUGACACGGUGGUGCAGUGCGGGCUCUACCAGCGCCGGGACAGCAACCCAAAGCGUUUCAACUCCAGCAACUGCAUCCUCACCUGCAAGGGCUUCUCCUGCGGCCAGCACUACUGGGAGGUGAUUGUGGGCACCAGGAACCACUGGCGUGUUGGCAUCAUCAAGGGCACAGUCAGCCGCAAAGGGAAGCUCAGCAAGUCUCCUGAGAACGGCGUGUGGCUUAUCGGCCUGAAGGAAGGGAAGCUCUAUGAGGCCUUCAGCACCCCACGGGCCACCCUGCCGCUGACCACCCGGCCCCAGCGCAUUGGCAUCUACCUGCACUACGAGAAGGGCGAGCUAACCUUCUACAACGCUGACAACCCCGAUGAACUCACCCCCAUCUACACCUUCCAGGCGGAGUUCCAGGGCCAGCUCUACCCCAUCGUGGACCUCUGCUGGCCGGAGAGAGGGCCUUACUCCCCCCCCAUCAUUCUACCUGCACCCACUGCGAGCCAGCACCCCCGGGCACCGUACAACCAUCCUGCCCCAGAGGAACCCACGAAGCCAUAGCCUGGCCGGCAGGAUGAGGCUGUGGCCGGGGAGGGCUGUGUCUGAGUCCUGGGAGCCUGCAGCAGAGAAGAGUCAGGCUGUGUGCAGGAUUGUCCUCUGGUGGAAGCUGUGGUACUGCCGAGUCAGCUUCAGCAGCACAGGAGGGUCCUUCCCCUCUCCUCCAAGAGCAUAAAAUAUCAGCCUCAACCUGUGAAUCCCUAUCUCCAAUCUGGCAGGCUGACCCAAAAGCCUAAAUCACAGCUGGCCUGCGAAGAUCUCCCUAUGGAAAGGAGCACCUGCCUGAAAAGCAUGAGCCGUGAGCAUCCAGGGGUCUUUGUUCACAUAUCUGUCUUCUGAAUAAAUUGAGUUUGUGUUAGAUGAGCUGGUUGCUGGCUAACAUGGGUACUGCCUCUGAGGAACCCCACUGCAGCUGGAGCUGAGCGGGCAGGCACAGUGCUCUGCGGAGGGGCUGCUGGGAGGGGAAAACGGGAGCCAAAAAAGCAGCAGCAGAGUGUGGUUUGCCUCCUCAGCCUCCGGCAGGAGGACACUGCCUGCCCAGGGCAGUGCCUCUCCAGCAGCUCAGGGAUGUGAGGUGGCACAGGGAACCACGCACACAGCCUGGACACUGCACCUGGGGACAGCGUGAGGGGCUGAGGCAGCGUGAGGGGAGCAGUGCUGGGUGCCUGCAGACUGUGGGGAGCACGGCCCAACUGGCUCAGCCACCCCGCGCGCUGCCCCUCGGCACAUCGGCCUUCCCACUAACCGCAGAGUCACUGAGGGGUUUGUCACCAAAAGUCACAACUGAUCCGUGCCAACCAAGGAGAAGCUAGGACACAAAACAUACCAUGACUAUUCCUGCACAUGAGGCAUUAACCACCAAAUCGGGGCACCUGAAUGUGGUUUUACACGGGGUUCUUACACCCUUCAGUUGUUGGGGUACAACACAAUUGGAUCAUCCAUAACACCUGCACCACUCAUUAUUAAUCACAGUAAAACUUUGCAAAUCAAUGGUAUUUCACAGACUCAUAGACUCCCAAGUUGGAAGGGACCUCAGGGAUAAUCUGGUCAAACCUUUCUUGGCAAAAGCACAGUCUAGACAAGAUGGCCCAGCACCCUGUCCAGCUGAAUUGUGGAAGUGUCCAAUGUUGGGGAAGCCACCCUUUCCCUGGGGAGAUUAUUCCAGUGGCUGAUUGUGAAAAUUUUUUCUUCUAGUGUCCAAUUGGAAUCUCGCCUGGAAUAACUUGUACCCAUCACCCCAUGCGACUCCUUGUAAAAAGGGAGUCUCCAUCUUCUUUGUAGCCACCCUUUAAAUACUGGAAUGUGGUGAUCAGGUGUCCCCUAAGCCUUCUUUUGUCAAGGCUGAAAACACCCAGUUCUCUCAGCCUUUC